UUGUGUCUUGGGUGCAGUACACACGAGAAGAUGUCUACCUUUUUAACUUAAUUGUGGUGGUGAGAUUAUUUUGUUAUGUUCACUUUCACUUUGGUUUAAAUUCCUCAAGUUCAGCGUUCUUGCCCUCAAUCUAGAUUCCAAGUUCGUAACAUCGAAGCAACCCCUUACCUAGAGUUUCAUUCGGCUUGAGCUAUGUCACAAUGGCUGUGUUUGGUAGAGCUUUUCAGCUCCUGUGCUUAUAAGCCAGGUUCAAAUUGGUGUUUGGUAACUCAGCUUAUUGGCAGCUUUUUUCAGAAGCUGCUGUGGCUUCCUUAGAUAAGCUGAAGCUGAAAAAUGCAGCUUCCGGAAGCCAGAAGCCACGGAAACACUGUAGCGGUAGUUACUGUAGAUUAAUGAAAAAUCCUAAAUGCCGAAAUUUACCCUUCCAAGCUGAAACAAUUUCAGCUGAACCAUUCCUUAACCCUACGCUCAUAUCUUCCUCGUCACUGUUCCCCAUCUCUCUCCCUCAUCACACUCGCACCAUCAGAAGCUCCCUUGCUCCCCCAUCUCUCUCCCUCAUCACACCCGCACCGCAGCAUCAGAAGCUGCUCCCUCACCGCCGCAUCCUCGCAGCUCCCCGUCACCGCCGCAUCGUCGCUGCUCCCCAUCACAGACGUAUCAGCACGCAAGCAUCUCUCUCCCUCACAUCGUCGCUGCUCCACUUCACCGCUCCCCGUCACCGCUCCCUUUCUCCGUCCGUCAUCAGAGACCGCAGCCCCGACAUCUAUCUACACAUCCGUGUGUCCCUCGUCACAGAUCGAUCUCCGACGCAAGUUCCCUGUCACCGGUCCCCGUCACCUCUCCCACAGAUCGAUCUCUCCCUCGCUUCAAUCUACCCAUCUCUCUGUCCCUCAUCACAGAUGGCAAAAGAGUCGGCUGUUUGGAACGACGUUUUAGUUGAUGUAUUUUGUGACAUAUGUAUCAAAGAGGUGGAUAACAAUAAUCGUCCGCAUACUCAUUUUAAUCCGGUGGGAUGGAAGAAUAUAAAGGACAUGCAAGGUUAUUCAUUUCAGAAGCAAGUGAAGAUUGUCAUUGCCACCAUGACACUUCAUAAUUAUAUACGGAGACAUGCAGAUCGUGAUAGACAUUUUGUCCGCAGUGAAGAAAGAGAAGGUUAUGGGUCAAGUGGUGGGAUAGAGAUGGAUGAUGAUGUAGAAGAAGAAGAAUAUCAUGGUCAUGGUGCACAAGAAAUGGAAACAAUAAGAAAUAACAUUACUCAAAGUUUGAUGAGUGCGCGUAAUAACGGGAAUAUUUGAACAUGUUAUGUGACCCUUAUUUUGGUUACUUGAUGCGAACUACAAACCAAUUGUUAUUAAUGUUACUAAUAUAUUUGUAUAAGUUAUUUUUAA